AUGCCACACCGCUUGAUUCACACCGGACUAGGUCUCGAUACGCCAAAUAACGGUGUCAAGCUAGUCGAUACAAGGGUUAGCCAGGGAAAAUAUGCGGCCCUCAGCCACUGCUGGGGCAAAAAGCAGCCUCUCAGGACAACUCGGUCGACCCUGGAUAAUCAUCUCAGGCAUAUUCCGUGGACAGCCAUCCCACGGACUUUCCAGGACGCCAUCGGAACGGCCAGGGUUAUUGGUCUCGAGUACAUCUGGAUUGACUCACUCUGCAUUGUACAAGAUGAUGCCAAGGACUGGGAAGUCGAGUCGAGCCAGAUGAUGGACAUCUAUAGCAAUGCGCAUCUGACCAUUGCAGCGACCUGGGGAACUGGCAGCCACACCGGAUGCACUCUUCAGACCAAACCUACCGUCUACGCAAGGCCAUUGGUCUACCACGAUGUCUCGGAACUGCCGCUCAAUACCCGUGGCUGGGUCCUUCAGGAACAGCUCCUCUCCCGUCGUGUAUUAUACUUCACACCCACCGAGCUCCGAUUCGAAUGUCGCACACGAGAAACAUGUGAAUGCAGGCUCGGGUCCUGCACUGAAGGCAACCAGAUCGGCCCACCGACUCAGCCGAGGCGAUACUCGCCCUCCUGGCAUAGACUCGUGGAGGAGUACACCGGGCGGCUUCUUACCUUCCAGUCGGACAAGCUGAUCGCUAUCUCCGGAAUUGCGCGCAAGUUAGAGGACAAUGCGGACAGGAGGAACAUCCAGAUCGGUCACUACGUCGCGGGACUUUGGAGACUGACCUUUUUUCUCGAUCUUCUUUGGAAGGCCGACACCAAGACGUCCAGCAUGACGCAGCACUCAAACACAUACCGAGCCCCGAGCUGGUCAUGGGCGUCAAUGGAUGGCCCCGUCAGGUACGACGCGUGGUGGUGGUCCUGUGCUCGGGCAGAGACCGUCGCGGUCGACCUUCUCCACUGCCAUAUCGAGCCCUCUGGCGCAGACCACUUUGGGAAUGUCCGCGACGGCUUUAUCAGAAUCCGCGGCAUGGUCACGGAGGUAACGCUGCGCAAUAAGACCGCCGUCAAGGAUGUGACCCAACAUGACGGCCCGGAACCCAUUGUUGCCUGGAGCGGCGCGACCUUCACUCGGGCAUGCCUGGUAGCCAUGCAGAGAGUCCUGCGCCAUCCAGUGGAUUCUUCGGAGGGCUGCGCUUCAUGUUAG